AUGAACUGUCUUUCUAUAAAUCUUAGAGGUGUUCGAAAUCACCAUAAAUCGGAGUGGAUUAGGGGUUUAAAAACAAGUUAUGGGUGUCAUUUUCUAGCUAUUCAAGAGACCAAGCUGCAAGAUUCGGAAUCAUUUGUCUUUAAUCAGUUUUGGGGAAGAUCAGAAUUCAAGCUCGCUGCCGUAAACUCUCAAGGCAGGUCUGGCGGAUUGGCUUGUAUAUGGAGUCCUACAGUGUUCAGGUGCGAUAAUAUUAUUCAGAAUAGAUAUUAUAUUGUUAUGUCUGGAUUUCUUGUUCAGAUCGGGUGUAGUAUAAAUAUAGUGAAUAUAUAUGCUCCAAAUGACGCGGUGAGUCGUCGAGGUGUGUGGUCAGAAUUAUUGAAUAUUAGGAAUUCCUUGCAAGGCCUGUGGUUAUUGAUGGGUGAUUUUAAUGAAGUUCGGAAUAGUGAAGAACGUAUGAAUUCUGAAUUCAUUGAAGCAAACGCGGAAGCUUUUAAUCAGUUUAUUCUGUCAGCUGGGCUGGUUGAAUACAAUAUGGGGGGUGGCAAUUUCACCUAUAUGUCGGAUAACGGGAAGAAAUUAAGUAAGCUGGAUCGGUUCUUAGUAUGUCUUGGUUUUAUGGAGAGGUGGCCUAAUGCAAGUGUUAUAGCCUUGGAUAGAGAUAUAUCUGAUCAUCGGUCAAUAAUUCUAUCAACAAGUCAAGCGGAUUAUGGUCACAUCCCGUUUAGAUUCUUCAACUCCUGGUUUGAAUAUCCUGGUUUUUUGGGUUAUGUUAUACAGAAGUGUUGCUCAUUUCAUUUUGAUGGUCCGGUAGAUCUGGCUCUUGCUAUCAAGCUCAGAUGGUUAAAAGAUAACAUUAAGGCAUGGUUAAAAGCUGAGAAUCAGAGAAAGGUUGGUGUAUAUAAUAGCAACAAACGUCGGAUGACUGAUAUUGAAAAAAUGGCGGAAGUGAGAGCGUUGUCAGAAAAUGAGUUGUCGGAAAGAGCUGUUUGCAGAAACUUCAUUGCGGAAUUUGAUAGGUUGAAGCAAUUAGAUCUUCGGCAGAAAUCUAGGUCGAAAUGGGCUCUUGAAGGGGACGAGAAUUCAUCUUUUUUCCAUCAAAUCAUUAACUCUAAUAUUAGCUCCAACAGGAUUAAUGGGUUAAGGAUUGGUGGGGAAUGGGUUACGAACCCAAUGGCGGUUAAGGAGUCUUUGUAUGAAUUUUUUCAUCAGUAG